CAGCUUCCACUCUCCUUCCUUACAUCUUUUUCUCUCUCUCUCUCUCUCUCUUUCUAAACUUUCUUUGAUUCUUAGCAAGAGAAAAAUAAUAUAAUCAACAAGCUUCACUUAGCAUAUUCAACUAAAAAAAAAUCACAAACUUCGCUCUUUUUUAUUUCUUUUUAUUUUUUUUGGUUUUCCAGCAUUGCAAAUAUCACAUGGGGAGGCAUUCUUGUUGCUACAAACAGAAGUUAAGGAAAGGCCUUUGGUCUCCUGAAGAAGAUGAGAAACUUAUAAAGCAUAUUACUAAAUUUGGUCAUGGCUGUUGGAGCUCUGUCCCUAAACUAGCAGGUCUCCAGAGGUGUGGAAAAAGUUGUAGACUGAGGUGGAUCAACUACUUGAGGCCUGAUUUGAAAAGAGGGACAUUCUCACAGGAUGAAGAGAAUUUGAUCAUUGAACUUCAUGCAGUUCUUGGGAACAAGUGGUCGCAAAUUGCAGCUAGAUUGCCUGGAAGAACAGAUAACGAGAUAAAGAAUCUGUGGAACUCUUCAAUUAAGAAAAAGCUAAGGCAAAGAGGAAUCGAUCCGAAUACUCACAAGCCACUUUCCGAAAUAGAGAGCGAAGAGAAAGCGUCGGCAAACAGUAACAAUAAGAACAAUGACAAAGUUUCAGAAAGUUCAAAUAAUGAAUUCAAUUUUGUUGAGGGACAUGAGAAUGGAUUUUCAACAGAAAAGCCAAUUAAGCCGGCCGUAUCUUCAAUGAUAAAUACUUUGGAGCGGUAUCCACUUAUUCAUGAGGCAAAUAAUAUUGCCCCACCAACUCAUGAAUUUUUCACCACCAAUUGCAAGUCUCCUGAUUUGUCUGGUUAUCUCUCUUUUCACAAUUAUACUCCCAACACAAAUAAUAUUCUCUUCAAUACCAAAAACUCUUCUUCUGCUGCUGCUGCUGCUGACAAUUUGGUAUCUGAUCAUCAGUUCAAUUGUAGCAAUUUGCCAAAUGCUACUUUUUCUACUAUGUCCAAUUCGAUUCUCAGUACUACAAUAUCACCGUUGGCGCGUACUUUUAAUAUCAACAAGUUUCAGAAUUGGGAAGCGUGUACGAUCAGCAGCAAUGGCAGCAACAAUAGUAAUGGUACUAGUAACAGUAUCGAAUUACAAAGUAACUGUUCAUUCUUCGAUAACAAUGCUGCUGCAGCUUUCGCUUGGGGAUCAGCGGCAGCAGCAGACGGUUCGGGAAAACCGGAGAGAGAAGAAAUCAAAUGGUCCGAAUAUUUACAAACUCCGUUUUCACUAGGUGUUAAUAAUAACACAAUUGAGACUCAUCAUCAAAUUCCUCCGCAUCAUGAAUUGUACGACGGGGAAACAAAAUCGGAGACACAAUUUAUGACACAAGGUUCAUGGCUUCAGAAUCAAACGCCGCAGACUUCUCUACAGACUGCAGAUUUAUACAGUAACAACAAUUUCCAAAGGCUUCCCGCCGUCUUCGGACAAUUUUCUUAGCCGAUUUUCAAUGGCUAAUUAUCUCACUUAUUAUGGAUGGUUACUUAAUUUCCUACAGGUGUGUGCUAUAGAGUUUUAAUUUUAUUUUUUUUCUUAAUCUGUAAAUAGGUCUUACACAUAUUUCCUUCCUUUGUCUAAAAAACACUUAGAUAAAAAUAUUGGAAAGUUUGUUGAUCAUCCUCCUUUUGUGGAUGGUAUAUGUACUUUUUGUUUUUUUUGGUUUUGUGGUUUGUAGAUCUUUUUAUUUACAGGUUGUAAUUUUGUUUGUUGAUUAAGCAUUCAAUCAAAAAGUUUUAUGACUUUUCUAGUU